AUGGGUAACCUUUACCAACUCGAGAAUCUUCAGUUACCUUAUAAUGGCUUGAAUGGCUCCAUUCCCCCUGGGCUCUUCAACCUCUCAGCAUUGCGGAAUAUUGACCUUAACUCUAAUCUUCUAUCGGGAAAUCUUCCGCGGGAUCUAGGACACAGACUGCCCAAGUUGCUUGCCAUACAGCUUGCUGGGAAUAACCUUGGUGGAGUUAUACCAGUGUCCAUUACAAAUUGUUCCCAAUUAAUAAUCCUAGAACUUUCAACUAACAGAUUCACUAGUUCCAUUCCUGACGCCCUCGGGGACCUUAGACUUCUGCAAUUUCUAGCUCUGUAUGGCAACAAUUUAACAAGUGAUCCUACAUCUAUGGAGCUGAGCUUCAUCACUUCAUUGACAAAAUGCAAAAACUUGGUUUUUUUAGGCCUGGGCCAAAAUUCGUUAAAUGGGCUUCUUCCAGCUUCCAUUGGGAAUCUCUCUGCUACUCUACAGAAAUUGUAUAUAUAUUCUAGUGGAAUCAAGGGCACCAUACCAAGUCAAACUGGCAACUUGACCAAUUUGAUAUUGCUUGCCCUGCAAUCGAAUCAGUUGACUGGAGGCAUCCCAGCAGCAUUCAAAGAUGUACAAAACAUGCAAGGAUGCUUCGGUAAUAUGACUUCUCUUCGGGAUCUUGAACUAGGAAACAACUUUUUAGUCUCUGCCAUACCUAAUAGUUUUUGGAAACUCAAAGAUCUCUUGCGGUUGAACUUAUCCUCAAACUCCCUUAAUGGUUCCUUGCCUCUUGAAGUUGGAACUCUGAAAGCCGUAACAUCUAUAGACGUAUCAGCGAAUCAAUUCUCCGGUGACAUUCCCAGCACAACAGGUGAUUUGCAAAACCUGUUGAUUUUAAAUUUAUCCCAAAACCAAUUUCAUGGAUCUAUCCCAGAGUCAUUUGGCAAGAUGCUCAGCUUGCAAGGACUUUACUUAUCGCACAACAAUCUUUCUGGCUACAUACCAAAGUCAAUGGAGGCACUUCGGGACCUCGAAGAGCUUGACGUUUCUUAUAACCAUUUAAGUGGUGAAAUUCCUUCUGGUGGUCGCUUUAGGAACUUUACUGCUGAAUCUUUUCUGUUCAACGAUGCAUUGUGCGGAGAUUCCAGGUUUCACGUGCCAUCUUGCCCAAGACCUAAUUCAAUUCACAGGUCAAGAACAAAAAAGGUGCUUCUAUUUGUAUUUGUUCCUCUGGGACUCGCUGCUGUAGUUGUCGCAGCCUUAGCAAUUGUCUUCAGAAGAUAUUGGAAGAAAUAUCAGGAUUCCAAAGGAGUAAACAUGGUAUUAGUGCCAACGCAAGAAAGAGUUUCGUACUAUGAACUUCUUCGAGCAACUGAUGGCUACAGUGAAAGCAAUUUGCUUGGCAUUGGGAGUUUUGGAUCUGUUUACAAGGGGAUUCUCAAUGACGGAAGGUCUAUUGCUGUAAAGGUUUUCAAUUUGGAAUUGGAAGGAGUACUCAAGAGCUUUGAUGUAGAGUGCGAAGUCCUGAAGAACCUUCGCCAUCGAAAUCUUGUGAAGGUCAUCAGCGGUUGUUGGAACCAGGAUUUUAGGGCCUUGGUGCUUGAAUACAUGUGCAAUGGAAGCCUUGAGAAGUGGCUGUAUUCUGACAACUACUUCUUAGAUACUCUACAGAGAUUGGAUAUAAUGAUAGAUGUGGCAAGUGCAGUGCAAUAUCUGCACGAAGAAUAUUCGACGCCUGUGAUUCACUGUGAUUUGAAGCCCAGUAAUGUCUUACUUGAUGAAGAUAUGGUUGCCCACGUCAGCGACUUUGGUGUUGCAAAAAUGCUGGAAAAGGAGGAAAGCUUUGCAUGGACCAAGACCUUAGCUACAAUUGGCUACAUUGCUCCAGAGUAUGGAUCUGAGGGGUUGAUAUCAGCAAAAUGCGAUGUUUAUAGCUAUGGAAUCAUGCUGAUGGAAGUGUUUUCGAGAAGAAAGCCUAAUGAUGAGAUGUUUGCUGGAGAUUUGAACUUGAAGAGUUGGAUAAAUGAUUCUCUGCCUAAUUCAAUUCUUCAAGUCAUUGAUGCUAAGUUGUUGAAGCGUGAGGAUGAAAAUUUCACUGAGAAGUUGGAGGGUUUUUCAUCCAUCAUGGAAUUGGCCUUAAAAUGUGUUCGUGAAUCUCCAACUGACAGACUCAGUAUGAAAGUUGUUCUUGAAACACUGAAGAAGAUCAAACUCAAAUUCAUGCAGGUCAGGCAGGCUGAUGAAUAG